GUGGCGGAAGUAAGUCGUAUCGCUGAGGCCUCAUCCUUCCAAUGGCGACUGCAAACAGGCUGAAUAGAAAGCGGGAGCAACCGUGGAGGGGGUCAGAGCCGUGUAACUGAAAUUAAAUAAAUAUAUCAUAUUCUACGUAGCCAUAAAGUUAGCCUGAAAUUUGUUCCACCUCUCCAAAUCACGGCCGAGUCAAUGGCCAAAAAUCGGAACAUUUCGCUCCUUGAGUCGGAGCUCUACUACUUGAUUUCUCGUUUCCUAACAACGGGUCCAUGUCGGAGAGCGGCUGAGGUCCUGGCCAGCGAACUAGAAGAAUAUCAGCUCUUACCCGGGAGAUUGGACUGGCAGGGACGCGAGCACCCGAGAACAUAUGAAGACGUGGUUGCAGCCAACAGACAUAUUGCACCAGACCAUUUGCUGCAGAUAUGUAAGCAGAUCGGACCACUUCUUGACAAAGAGGUGCCAUCAUGUGUCCCGGGUGUACACUCGCUCCUGGGAUCUGGAAAGCAGUCAAUGCUUAGGACUGCAAAAGACUGCGACAAUGUGAGGUUUAAAGCUUCAUCAUAUGCAGCCCUUCAUCGGGGCAGACCACCAGAGAGGCCUUUGAACUGCAAGAAACCCCCACACAUUGUGAAGGUGCAUCGAGGGAGAGAGCUGACAGGAGUGCAGUGCUUCAGCUCCAUCAGUCCCGUCAGCAACUAUGAGCACAUGCGUCUGCACAGGCGGAUACUGGGGCAUCUGUCAGCAGUGUACUGUAUCGCAUUUGAUCGCACUGGUCUCAGGAUCUUCACAGGCUCAGAUGACUGUUUGGUGAAGAUCUGGUCUUCAUUUGAUGGAAGGCUUCAUUCAACGUUGCGAGGACACUCUGCAGAGAUCACAGACUUGGCGGUCAACUACGAGAACACACUAAUUGCUGCAGGAAGCUGUGACAAGACCAUCCGAGUGUGGUGCCUUCGUACUUGUGCCCCCGUGGCUGUGCUGCAGGGUCACAGUGGUUCCAUUACCUCCCUUCAGUUUUCCCCAUUUGCCAAGGGCUCUAAACGUUACAUGCUGUCCACUGGAACUGAUGCUACUGUCUACUUCUGGCAGUGGGAUGUCAACAACAUCAACUUCAGUGAUCGGCCGCACAAAUUUACAGAGCGGCCGAGGCCAGGUGUUCAGACUGUGUGCUCCUCAUUCAGUCCAGGUGGGAUGUUCUUAGUAACAGGAAGUACUGAUGAUGUCAUCAGGAUAUAUUACCUGGGAAGCGGGAGUCCGGAAAAGGUCUCAGAGCUCCAUGAGCACACGGACAAAGUUGAUAGCAUCCAGUUUUGCCACUCAAGUGAAAGGUUUGUGAGUGGAAGUCGCGACGGAACAGCGCGGAUCUGGAAGCUCCAUCAGCGGCAGCAGUGGAGGUGCAUCUUACUCAACAUGUCUGCCACUCUCCCAGGUGCUGAACCAACGAAUGAAGAGGAGAGCUACUUCAAACCCAAAGUCACGAUGGUAGCGUGGGAUCGCCAUGACAAUACAGUCAUCACGGCUGUUAACAACCAUCUCCUCAAAGUGUGGAACUCCUACACAGGACAGCUGCUACAUAUCCUAAAAGGCCAUGAGGCCGAGGUGUUUGUCCUUGAACCUCACCCCUUUGACCCCAGGAUCAUCCUGUCUGCUGGCCACGAUGGGAAUGUCUUCAUAUGGGAUCUGUUGCGAGGGACAAGCACACAGCACUACUUCAACAUGAUUGAAGGUCAGGGUCAUGGAGCUGUUUUCGACUGCAAAUUCACUCCUGAUGGCCAGCGCUUCGCCUGCACAGACUCCCAUGGCCAUCUGCUCAUCUUUGGCUUCGGCAGUUCCAAACCCUAUGACAAGCUUCCAGACCAGGUGUUCUUCCACACAGACUACAGACCACUGAUUCGAGACUCCAAUGGCUUCGUGCUGGAUGAACAGACCCAGCAGGCACCUCAUCUCAUGCCACCACCGUUCUUGGUGGAUGUGGAUGGGAACCCUCAUCCACCAAGGUACCAGCGUCUUGUUCCAGGACGGGAGAACAUUGCUGCUGAGCAUCUAGUUCCUCAGUUGGGAUACGUAGCCACCAGUGACGGUGAGGUGGUGGAGCAGGUGAUCAGCCAGCAGACCACAGAACAUGAGGAGGCCGCUGUAAGACGAGUCGGUCUUCUGGACGAAGCCAUCCGACAGCUCCAGGAGCAACAGGACCGGCAUAACCGGCCCGGCACAGGGGCAGCACCGAGUUCUGGAGCAGCACCAGAAGGCCAGGCUGAGGCACCAGCUCCAGCUCUCAGCACACCACGCAGAGUGUCUGUGAACGACCGAGCAGAUGUGCAGUCUCCCCCCAAUGUGGGCCUGCGUCGCAGUGGACAAGUGGAGGGCGUUCGGCAGAUGCAUCAGAACGCUCCUCGCAGCCAGAUGGCAACUGAGAGAGACCUGCAGGCCUGGAGACGCAGGGUGGUGGUCCCUGAACUUGCACUCAGCAACUAUAGGGACCAGGAGGACAUUCGAACUGCCAGAGGAGAUGAGGAAAUCGCUCAGUACAACGCAAGGAAGAGACGCAUUAUCUGCCGUGAUGAUUCAGACGAUGAGCCUUCCUCGGCAAAGCGAGCUAAUGGCCGCAGCGAUUCGCUGGAAUUCAUCGACUUGUCAUGUGAAGAGGGAGAGGAGACGGCCAGUUCAGAAGGACACUCUGAGGACAAUGAAUUGGAUGGCAGUGACCUGGAUUCCUCUAAUGAUGAGGAAGAGUGGAACAGUGACAGCUCAAGCCAUACAUCCAGCGAAUACUCGGACUGGACCGCAGACGCUGGUAUAAACCUGCAGCCCUCCACACCCUUGUCGUCGCGGAAAAAAGUGAGGCGCAGGAUCAGCAGCUCCGAUGAGGAGGAGGAGGAGAACGAGGAGGAGGAGGAGAAGCACCAAAGUGAUGAGGAGGAAAAACCUGGAAAGAAAAGCAAAGACAAGACCAAGAAGGCAAAGAACAAGACACCCAGGCGCCCAAAGGUCAGGCCAUCCAUUAACAGGGAAGUGUCCAAUGAGUUCAGACCGUCACCGUGGAUCACUGAUGUCAUUCCCAGAAAGUCUCCCUUUGUCCCCCAAAUGGGCGAUGAGGUGAUCUACUUUCGACAGGGACACGAGGCCUACGUUGAUGCUGUGAGCCGGAGUGAACUUUACCCCAUCAACUUGGAAAAACAGCCCUGGAGGAAAAUGGAGCUGCGGGACCAAGAGUUUGUGAAGAUCACUGGAAUCAAAUAUGAAGUUUGCCCUCCAACACUUUGCUGUCUGAAGCUGACUCUUAUUGACCACGGCACUGGCAAAAUCACAGACAAGUCAUUCUCUGUCAAGUAUCACGACAUGCCAGACGUGAUUGAUUUCCUUGUGUUGAGGCAAAGUUAUGAUGAGGCGCUCCGUAGAAACUGGCAACCGAACGACAGGUUUCGCUCAGUGAUAGAUGAUGCUUGGUGGUUUGGGACUAUCGUCUGUCAGGAGCCCUACCAGCCAGAAUAUCCAGACAGUCUGUUCCAGUGCUUCAAAGUCAGAUGGGACAAUGGUGAAACCGAGAAACUGAGUCCUUGGGACGUGGAGCCUAUUCAGGAUGAUGCUCAGGAGCCUGAAACAGAAGGAGGCGGUAUCGCAGUGACUGCAGAGGAGAUGAAGGAGCUGAUGUACAAGCCUCUGCCCGGGGAGUGGGGCGAGAGGAGCAGAGAUGAGGAGUGUGAACGCAUCAUUGCUGGCAUUGAUCAGCUCAUCACUGUCGAGAUAGCAGCUCCAUUCUCUGGCCCUGUGGACUUGAUCCAGUACCCCACCUACUGCACUGUAAUUGCAUAUCCCACAGAUCUGGGCACCAUCAGACUGCGACUCAUGAGCAGAUUCUACAGGCGCCUCUCAGCAUUAAUAUGGGAUGCCAGGUAUAUUGCACAUAACGCCCGCACUUUCAAUGAACCCAGGAGCAAGAUUGCCCACUCUGCUAAAAUCAUCACCAACGUCCUGCAGAGAUUUGUCAAUAAUCAGAGCUGCUCAGAUAUCAUGGAGAUUUACAGUGCUGUGGAGGAAAUGGAUGAUGAUGAUGAAGAAGAAGAUGCAGAGGCGCCAGGCACAUCUUCUGGACAAAGGCUGCGGCAGCGCUCGGUAGAGGUGGUGCCAGACAGAGAUGCCUGGAAGGAACAGUGCAAGAAUCUGGUCAAUUACAUAUUUGAGUGUGAGGACUCGGAACCAUUCAGACAGCCUGUGGAUCCUCAGAACUAUCCAGACUACCAUGACAUCAUUGAUACACCUAUGGACUUUGGCACGGUGAAACGGGCCCUGGAACAAGACCGCUAUGAAAACCCUAUAGAGCUGUGCAAAGACACACGGCUAAUAUUUGCCAAUGCUAAAGCCUACACCCCCAACAAACGCUCCAAGAUUUACAGUAUGACCUUGAGGCUGUCUGCCUUCUUCGAGGAGCAAAUCCGAACAAUCAUAUCCGAGUACAAAACUGCUGUUAAAAGCAGUGACAGACUCCGCCGCAGUCAAAGGUUUCGCAAGAAAAUGCUGGAUCAGCCCUCUUCCACCACAAGUCAAAAGAGGGCCGCAGUCAAAACUCAGGAAAAAGUGGAGCCAACGUCAGUGACCAAAUCUACCUCAGCCAAAGUGUCCGUUCCUGAGAGGGCCAGGAGGAGGAGUCAAAGCUGCAGCUCAGGUCACAGCUCUUCAGAGGACGACUCAAAAGCUGCUUCAUCAACACCAGAGUCUGACAGCGAAAGUGAGGUGAGUGAAUCGGAGGAGGAGAAACGUCCAGGAUCCUCAAGGCACCAUCAACGCAGACAAAAAGCAAGAGUUACAAGAAGCCACCGUGCCAAGCAUAGGAGCAAAGUCGCAGAGAGUGACAGUGAAGAGGAGGAAGACGACGAAGAAGAAGAAGAAGAGGAGGAGGAGUUUGACAGCGAAGCUGAAGAGUCUUCAGAUCGCCGCUAUCCCAGCAGGAGUAAAAGCAGCAGGAGUACCCGGCUGACCAGAAACAGUGCCGCUGGAGACAGAAAACGGACAGACGGCAGGGCAGAGGUAAACGGUCACAGCAGCCGAUCGUCUCGCAGGGAGAGGCGUCGCCACCAGGACUCUGACAGAGCCACGUCUCAGGGCUCCGACAGGGAAGAGGAAGUCACAGGUCGCAGGUCCCUCAAGAGAAAGACAGCAAGGGCAGCUGUGAAUAAGAUGAAGCUCCUCGAAGCGUCCGAUGAAGACUACGAGGAAGAAGAGGAGGAGAAAACGGCAACAAGGAGCAGCAGCCGGUUCCGCCAACCGCCCCGGCUCAGCAAACGCAUGGCAGUGAUCCAGAGCAGCUCGGACUCUGAUGGGGAGUCCUCCGCAAGAGCCUCUCAAAAUACUGCUGAAUCAGGUGGUGAAUCCAAGAAUGAGGAGGAUGGCAAUGACAGUGAUACUUCAUCCUCUUCCCACAAUAAGCAGAAUGGAGACGCAAAGUCCAUCAAACAGAGAACAUCAAAGUCAAAGGGAAAUGAUACUUUGUCCCAGGUGAAUGGACACAGUGCAAAGUCUGAGAGCAACUCUGAGCAGGAGGGAACUGUAGAGGAGAGCUCUGAAGAUGCUAAAGAGCAGGAAGUGGAGGAGGAGGAGGAGGAGGAUGAGGAGGAGGAAGAAGAAGAAGAAGAAGAUCAGGCACCUGUGUCUCAGAAACCCUCACGAAGCACAGCAACCACUCCAGCCAGGAAAAAUAGGAUUACAAGUGAGGAGGAGGAAGAGGAGGCAGAGGAAACUAAACACCGGACCACACGACACAAACCUCCUGUAAGCUCAGAUGAAGAGGACAAAGACCACAGUUCCCAGAAACACCCACACCAAAAUGGAAGAAAUGUGGAGGAAGCCAUCCACAGGAACUCUAAGAAAAAAAGUCAAGUUUCACCGUCAAAAAGCCAAGACAAACAAAAAUCUGCCUCAACUAAUAAACUAGAUGGUGCAGAGUCAGAUGAACUCAGUGAUUCUCCAAAGAGAUCCAGCUCACAAAAGAAAAGGCUGAAAAAAGACAAACGGGAAGUAGAAAGCAAUCACUCCAGCGACGGAUUUGAGGGUGAGACCAAGAGGUCGGCGAGAAACAAGAGUAAAUGUAAACGGCCUCGUGGCGCCAGCUCGGCUUCAGAGAGCUCUGAGCAAGAGUACAGACCCAAGAAGAAGUCGAGGAGGAAACGCUCCACCGGCUCAUCAGACGAAGAGUCGGAUAAUUCAGAUAACACAUCAGGCAGACGGCUGAGCCUCCGAGCCCUACCAAAAAAGAAAUACAUCAGCGACAACUCUCUCUCUGAGGAAGACUCUGCCUCUGUGAAUCGGGGGAGACAGCGAAAUGGUAACAAAACCGGCACAGAGUGUAAAGAAGACGGGUAUAAUACAAGAAUGUCUGAAAAAACCUCUUCCAGUGAAACCAGGAAUCACCUGUCUUCCAAGAGAAAACGUAUUUACACCUCAGACUCUGAAGACGCAGAGGAGGAUGGAGAGAAGGAGCCAGCGCCCAAGGACAAUAGAAACCGCAGGUCAGGCUCCUCCAAGAGCUCCAAAAGGGAAUGCAAACAAGAGGAAGGCGACAGCAUCGGGAGGGACGCUUCUUCCCACUCUGAUUCCAAGGAGGAGGAGGAGGAGGAGGAAGAGGAAGAGGAGGAAGAAAAUGUUGGCCGUUCACGGAGGGCGAAGAAAACCGCGAGGCAGCCCAAACACAAGCGAAAGGAAAACUACAGCAGCAACAAACGCGGUUCAGACUCGGAAAGCGAGCAGUCGUCUUCAGCCUCUGAAAUCUCAUUUUCCAGCUCAGGGUCCCACAGCAGUCCAAAGAGGAGAGGUCAGGCCAGGUCUGCGAUUGACGACAGGACUGCCAGCCGCCAGUUGAGGCAGCGCCGGCAGAAGGCUGCCUCAGAGGAGGAAGAGGGGGACAGUGACGUGUCUUACAGCAAACCACGGCGAAGGACGCGGGUGAACACCCGGAACCGAGGGAAGCGGACAGUGAAUUAUCACGACAGUGAGUGAAGGACUGGAGGCUGGAACUACAGGCGUUAGAGAGAAGACGGACAUUAACUGGAGACCUUAAAGACACUUGAUGGCCACGUUAUGGUAGCAGCACUGGAGUCCUCGAGAGAAAAAUGCUGUGAAUCUGUUUCAUUCAGGGAUAUUUAUAUUUUCUAUGAAAAACGUGUUUAUAGAUGUAAUACAAAUUCAAGCAUUUGACCUGCUGGUUUUCACAAGGAUACAGAGCGCAACACCACCUCCCAUUCUGCUUGUUGUGAUUUGGCCAGCAGAGUAACCAUUCUGGGGAAUCUUGUCAGCUUGGGUGCUAUCUAAUAUACCUCUGUUUAAUCAAGCAUAUUGCUGGCUUGCACUAAGAUACACUGUAAUGAGGUAUUUCAUACACUAGUUUUGCAUUAGAAACUCAGGGGUCAACUAAGUUUACUGUAGUCUCAGACAUGCAGUUGUUUGUUGAGCUAAGGUAAGGACAAGAAACGAUUCCAGGUCGGCAGAUGUCCAAGCACAUUCACUGGGACAAAACCAUGUUCAGACUUUACAGCACUCCUUUGUAAAUCCACACUUAAUGCUUGACUGUAUUGUGCGUUGAUAUGAGCCAAAUGAACGAAAAUGAAUUUCUUUUUCUCAUGCAUUUCAUUUUUUCAUUAGAUUUGUGUUGUAUUCUAGUGAAUAGGUGUAAAUAUGUGAUUGAGAAUGAAAUUGUCUGAACGGCUUGGCGAUCAGUCAGUAGCAAAGCGUUUAUUUAAAUUUGACCCUUUUUCUUAUUUUCUUUUUUUUCUUUCUUUUUUUUUUUUUUUUUUUUUUUUUUUUACACAUUUAACUGCAUUGUCUUGCCAUAUGUCACAAUUUGGUACCUUUUUUGCCAAGUACAAGUAACCAAAAGUACUUAAUGCAAAAUACUGUGAUUUCUCAUAUUGGGAAGACCUGUUAUUGUUGUCCUGUGUUACCUACUUUCAGUAUUAAAUUCUUUUUCAGAGUUGACUUAAAAAUGUUUUUGCCAGUCACUUGGUUUUGUUUUGUUUAUGGGGAGGUUUCUAAACACAGUUGCUUUUUGACAUUUUGCUUAAUGUUUUUCGUACUACACCUUUAAUAAACAGAAUUCACAGGAAAAUUAUUAAUGCAAUGUGGUCGUGGAGUGCAAUGAACUAGUUAUUCUUCCUAUUAAUAAAGACUUCCUUUCAA